AUGGGUAGUCAAACAAAAUCAGACCAGAAGAAGAUUAGUGUUCAUAUUUCGAAUGAAAAAUGUGCAAAUAGCACAGGUUGCAGGUUCCCUUUGGAAGAGAUCCAAAACCCUUCAGAUUUUAACACUCAAAUUGAAGAAAGUUGUGGCUUAUCAAACAAUAAGCGAAAGGUGGAUGAAUACUGGAAUAGUCAUUGGACAAGCAUGGCAAACAUGACAGUUAGCAGUUUUGUAAUAGCAGAAACAAAUCACCACUAUGGACUCAAGGACUCUCCACCUACAGCAUCUCUAAUAGCUAAUACAAGUCCCCUAACCGAGGGAUUGAGCCAACAAAUGUGCUCCAUCAGUUCAGGGACAAACUCUACAAUUACAGUGGAUAGAACUGCAUCGGGCUGCACUUCUGCUCAAGAAUCAAGUGAUAACGGAAAGGGUGCACAUACAGGGGAGUCAUUGUCAGAAUCACUUAUUAAUAAAGCAGUUUUAGUUGACCUGAUUAAUACAUCAACUGAUGACAUGCAAUGGAACACGCAAAUACAAGAAUACAUGCACAUGGAUAGCACAUUUUAUGAGUGUGAACAUUGCAAUAAUGCUCUUUUUUGGUAUGAUGAGAGGUCAAACAAAAGCUAUAACUCAACUGAACCAAAAUUCAAAUUAUGUUGUAAUGGAGGAAAGUUUACAUCAAUGGGUGCGAAGAUAGACCAUGGUGUAACUACUUCUAGAGGCCCACCAACAUUUAUUCUUUCCGGUGAGAACUACCACCUAAUGGGUAGUCUAAUACCACCAGCAGGAAACCGCCCCAAAUUUGCACAACUGUAUGUCUUUGAUACCCAGAAUGAGGUUCAAAAUCGCAUGGUCGCUAUUCGCGGUGAAAAUAACAAAGAGAUACAUGAAGAUAUUGUUAGAGACUUUAAAAAGAUGUUGGAUGAGAACAACGUAUUGGUGAGGGCGUUUCGUAUGGCCAGAGAGUCAGUCGCCAAAGAUGCAAAUACCACAAUCAAGCUUAGGCUAUUAGGGAAGCGAGAAAAGGAUGGUAGAAGAUACAAUUUGCCUUUGACAAAUGAAGUUGCAGCACUAAUUGUUGGUGAUUUUGAUAUAUACAAGAUAGAUAGAGACAUCGUGGUUGAAACACAAACUGAAAAAUUACAAAGGAUUAAUCAACUCAAUCCGACUUACCUAGGAUUACAGUAUCCUUUGUUAUAUCCCUAUGGGGAGGAUGGUUACAAGGAAGAUAUACCACUUAAUAACCGUAAUCAGAAUGCUGGUAAAAGGCGUCAGGAAGUAUCAAUAAGAGAAUUUUUCGCAUUUAGAAUACAAGAAAAGUUAGCAGAUGGAUCUCCCUUACUAUACUCUAGGCAAUUGUUCCAACAAUUUUUGGUCGAUGGGUACCCAAUGAUUGAAUCGUCGCAGCUAAGCUUUAUACGACUAUAUCAGGAGAAAUUUAGAUGUGAGAUAUACAAAAGAAUAAAGGAAGCAGUUCUUAGUGGGGAAACAACACCAUCAUCGCGUGGCAAAUGUAUUAUACUACCAUCAUCAUUCACAGGUGGUCCAAGGUAUACGAUUCAAAACUACCAAGACGCAAUGGCGAUAUGUAAGGUUGUUGGUUAUCCAGAUCUAUUCAUUACCUUCACAUGCAAUUCCAAGUGGCCCGAGGUCGAAGAGUUUAUUAAGAACAAAGAAUUAAAUCCAGAGGAUAGACCAGACAUAGUUUGCAGGGCAUUCAAGGCUAAAUUGGAUUUAUUGAUUAAAGAUAUCAGAGUGAACAAGAUUUUUGGAAGAGUUUCUGCAGUUGUGUAUACAAUUGAAUUCCAGAAACGUGGACUACCACACGCACAUAUACUUUUGUUCUUACAUAAGGAUGACAAGUAUCCGACAGCCGAGGAUAUUGAUAAAAUAAUAUCAGCUGAGAUACCAGAUAAGGAACUAGAUCCUGAAUACUUUGAAGUAGUACAAAAGCAUAUGAUACAUGGACCAUGCGGGUUGGCUAGGAAAGAUUCACCAUGCAUGGAGAAUGGUAAAUGUAUUCGUCACUUUCCCAAGAGAUUUCUCGUGCACACAACUGUCGAUGAUGAUGGUUAUCUGAUUUAUAGACGUAGGGAAGAUGGAAGAACUAUCAAUAAGUUGGGGGUGGAUCUUGAUAACCGUUUUGUGGUUCCACACAACAAGCUACUGCUUAUGAGGUAUGAGACUCACAUAAAUGUUGAGUGGUGUAACCAAUCAAAAUUAAUUAAGUAUUUGUUCAAAUAUGUCAACAAAGGUCAUGAUCGUGUGACAACUUUGUUCUAUAAGAGUGCUACAGAAAGUGCUGAACUAGAUGAAUAUGACGAGGUGAGCAUGUAUUAUGAUUGUAGGUACAUAUCUCCAUGUGAAGCAGCUUGGAGGAUAUUUGGUUUUAACAUACAUUAUAGAGAUCCAUUAGUUGUAAGAUUAGGGUUUCACUUACCCGAUGAACAGAAUAUAAUAUUUAAAGACCAUGAAAACCUAGAUGAUGUUAUAAAACAAGCAUCUGUGAAGGAGUCUAUGUUCCUAUGA